AUGUCCGUGCGCAUCCGUUUAAGAAACGGACAUCGCGCGGACGGACAGAACGCGCGCUUGUCCUCCCUUGGCCCGCCUGUCGGUGGCACAAAGCAAACCCCCCUCCCCCAGCGCGCCCCAUUUGGCGCCAUUUCCCCCCAAACCCUCCCACGUCCCAAGAAGAAGGCCAAGGCACUAAGGAAGCUGCGGUCAGAGUGCACGCCGGAGGAGAUCGCCAACUUGGACGCGGAAUCGGUGAAGAGGAGGAACCGGAGGGCGGUCGUCAAGGACAAUGCCGCUGCGGCCAAGUUCGCCGCUGAGCGCGAUGCGAUGGAGGCCGCGCGGCGCAAGGCCGAGGUCGAGGAGAAGGAGGCCAUCGACCCCUUCUACGACGAUGGGCAUGGCUCUGCCUACGAUCCCGAGGAGACCCAAAGUCAGGAUGGCCGCCCCCAGUACGUUGUCGAUGAAGAGGCCGACGACUGUGCUGAUUACAACCAUGGUGACUCGUGGCAUGAAUACGAUGACAUCUAUUGCGAAGGUGAUGGCGAUGAAGAAGAAGGCAAUGACAUUGAUAUUAGUGGCGAGCCAUUGUUCAUCGACGAGCUCACCCAAAGAGCGGAAGCACAAAAGUGGAGGAAGAGCAUUCGCACGGCAUUUCAAUCUUUGGAAGCAUCCAAGGCCCGGCACAAUGACAAGCCAUUCACUCUUACGCAUUGUUGGACAAUCAUCAACAAUUGCCCUAAUUUCAAGGAUCAAUACCGUGAACUUCAAAGGAAGAGAGGCAAGAAGACGACCAAGUUCCCCGGAGGUGGAGAUGGCGAGGAGUUGAAUAGGCCGAGGGGCAAGACCAACUCCAAGGUGGACGACAUACGUGAUGCCUCCUCCAUGGCCUUGCAUGAGACUUUGCAUGGCAUGAUGUCUCAAAAGGAUGUGAGGGACGAGAAGAAGCGGCAAAGCAAGGACGAGCAAAUGAAGCAAUACCUAGAGUUUCAAAGGAAGAAGCUUGAGAUGGAGGAGGCGGCCAAGAAGAGCAAGAUCAACAUGGAGGAGGCGUCCCGGCAAAGGCAGCUCGACAUCGAGGCCGCCAAUGUCAAGGCCAGUCAGAGGCAGCUCGACAUCGACGCCACCAAUGCCGCAACCAAAGCAAAGGAGGUGGCCCUUGCGAUCAUGAGCAUGGACUUGACCAAGAUGAGCGAGAAGAUGAGGAGCUGGUUCGAGGCCAGGCAGAAGGAGAUGUUCAACGCCGGCGACCUGAACUAG